GGUCCACUUUAAUGCCGGUGGACGAGUAGGAUUUUCCGGGGAGUGGGCCAGUAGCCACGGCGAAAGUGCCGGUAUAUAUGCCAGUGAUUGGCGCAGUGUAGCUUCAGUGUGCACCUCCGAACGAUACCAUGAGCACUCCACAGAAGCUUAUAAUACUCGCCCUGGUGGCGACUAGCCUGGCCGGCGAGGCAAAGCAGUCGGACACGAAAGCCACUGUGGAGACGAAAGAAAAGAGCAAGCGAGGAUUGGAACUGAGCUUGGGUGGCUAUGAGAGCUACGGACUGGGAGGACACGGACUGAGCUAUGGAGGAUUAAGCUACGGAGGAGGCUUUGGCGGAGGUCUAGGCGGAGGUCUAGGUGGAGGUCUAGGUGGAGGCGGCGGAGGAGGCGGCGGCGGCGGCGGCGGCGGUGAUAAUGGCCGCAUAACUGGAAUCACCAUCCACCGAGAGAAUCAAGUACGCGUACCACAGCCGUACCCGGUCGAGAGAAACAUACCCGUACCAGUCGCAGUCCCCGUUAAGGUUCCAGUCGAGCGUCCAGUUCCGGUCCACAUACCAAAACCUUAUCCAGUCCCAGUAGAAAAGCAGAUCCCUGUGCCGGUGGAGAAACCAGUUCCGGUACCGUACAACGUGCCCGUCAAAGUACCCGUGUCGGUUCCUUACCCGGUUAGCGUACCGGUAAAGGUUCCAUACCCGAUCGAAAAGGAGGUCCCCUAUCCAGUCCAGGUCCCUGUGAUCGUUAAAGAAUCCUAUCCUGUACUGGUCAGCAGUGGCCACGGUGGUGGUUUCGGAGGCGGUUUGGGUGGCGGCUACGGAGGAGGAGGUUACGGAGGUGGUUACGGAGGUGGACACAGUUUUGGUGGUCAUGGACUAUCUGGACUCAGCCUGCACCAUUAGAUACGGAUGAAACUCGUCGACAGAGAUCUUCAUCCACACUCAUAUAUUUGUAUAUAAUGAUUAUAUUUUUGUAUGGAAAAUAAAUUUUUUAAAUUAUUAAACGAUGUCUAUACGUUUCACGUAUGUUGAUUAAAGUAAUCGACCUGAUUUCAUGUAUUUUUCUUGCGAGUUAGCGAAUAAUAUUAUGUUUUUUGAAUUUGUGAUGUCUGCCUGUGCUUGAACACCACAAGCAUUGGUAUAUUAAAUAUUCUUCAAAAAUAUGUCUGAAUUUUAAUUAAAAGCGAGAGAUUUU